AUGUACUGCUGCUUCUGCGUCUCCACGUCGUCACUUGGCAUCGUUGAGAGCUGCGGGAAGUUUCAGCGCAUAGCCAACCCAGGCUGCCAGUGCCUCAUUCCGUGCGUCGAGACGGUGCGGGGGCGCGUGACUUUGAAGCUGCAAUAUGCCUCCGUUAAUGUCGAGACGAAGACAAAAGACAAUGCUCUGGUUCUCAUCACGGCAUGCCUCCACUACCGUGUCUUGCCGGAGGAGGCGACCAACGCCUUUUAUCGCUUUGCGAACCCGGAGAAGCAGAUUGGGAGCUUCGCCGCCAACGUGAUCCGCGGCGAGGUGCCAAAGUACACGCUGGACGAGGUUUUUGUUGCGUCGAGGAACAUCAAGCAUGCGGUUGAGGAGGAGUUAAAGGAGCGCCUCAGUCAAUACGGCUUUGCGCUUGAGGCAACGCUGGUGACUCAGAUUGAGCCGAGCACCGAACUCCAGCAGGCCAUUGCGCAGACCCAACUUAAUGCCUACCGCCGGACUGCCGCGGAGCACCAGGCCGAACUGGAGAAAAUCGUCAAAAUUAAGGAUGCGGAGGCGGAAUUUGAGGAGAAGCGUCUUGCUGGCGUUGGGCUGGCGGAGGAGCGCAGGGCCAUCAUGGAAGGGCUGCAGAGCAGCAUUGAGUCGUUUGUCGAUGGCGUGCCGGGCGUCGGCGCACGCGAUGUGGUGCAAUUGUUGCUCAUGAACCAGUACUUUGACUCGCUGAAGGAGGUGGGAAGUACGGGGAGGAACAAAGUAGUCCUGCUUCCACCAAGCGGUGGCCAAUCGGUCCUGACGGAUUUGCUGGCGGCACAGAUGACCAAUAAAUCCAUGGUCUGA